UUGUUUUUAUUUGGCCUCAAGGUCCUUGUUUCAGUUCUGUAUUUUCUGACUUCUGUGCGAGUUCGGUUUUACACUCCCAAGCCGUACCUCACUUUGAAAACGGUGGAGGAAAGGAUCAUUCUAGUAUUAAGUCUCUACGACAAGAUCGAUCCUAAAAAAUUGACACUGGACUCCGACUUUACGAAUGAUCUUGGUUUAGACUCAUUGGACCACGUUGAAUUGAUAAUGGCAAUAGAAGAUGAAUUUGGUUUUGAAAUACCUGACGGUGAUGCUGAUCUUAUGAAAACGCCGAGGGAUAUUUUCAAAUAUGUUUGCGAUAAGGAAGAUGUUUACGAGUAG